AUGUACCGCAACUCCGAUUCAAUAGUCAGGACCGCUGUUGGUGAUACCACCCCCUUCCCCAUAACCGUAGGCGUGCAUCAGGGCUCCGUCUUAAGCCCCUAUCUCUUCAGUGUGAUAUUAGACGAACUGUCAGCCAACGUACAGAAACUACCGCAGCCUUGGCUGCUUAUGUACGCUGAUGAUAACGCACUGGUAGAUCGGGCCAAAGGACGGAUCACCAGACGCGGACACGCAUGGAGGGAGGCGCUUGAGAACGGCGGGCUGAAGCUAAACGUGGCGAAGACGGAGUAUAUGGCCUGCAACAGCACAGAUCUGACGUCUCUCCGUAUAGGCGACGACACCGUCGAGCGCACGGACAACUUCAGGUUAAUAUUGAACCUAUGCGUUGUUUGUGCUAAGCCGUACCAGACACUCGUUGAUUCUGCUAAGCCGUACCAGACACUCGUUGUUUGUGCUAAGCCGUACCAGACACUCGUUGUUUGUGCUAAGCCGUACCAGACACUCGUUGUUUGUGCUAAGCCGUACCAGACACUCGUUGUUUGUGCUAAGCCGUACCAGACACUCGUUUAA